CAACGAUUUUCCCAUCUUUGUGAAUGCAACGCAAGGCUGCAAUGAAGUUGUUGGAAUGGCACUUCCAUGUGUACUUUAACCAACACGACGCCAGUCAAGUGCAUAAAGCGAUCUCGAUCCGAAAUGCCCUGGUGGACUCGCUCAACGACGCCGACCGCGCCUUUGUGGCUGUGCCACUUCACCAUUUUGAACGAGAUUCUAACGAAGUGCAAUGUCGCACGCUGGCGCACCACGGCUUGAACAUGAAGCCGGUUGGUCCGCACCCUACUGGUUCAUUUGAGACGUGGGUUCCCAUCGAAAGCUUUUCGGCGGCAUUUGAAUGGUUCACGUCGAACAGGGCUGGACUCUCUGUGCUCGUGCAUCCGCUGACCGUACAGGAAAUGCGGGAUCAUACCCUGUACGCGGUGUGGAUGGGCCAACCCCAGGCGUUGAAUUUGCAGUAUCUAGACGAGGAGCUGCACACGGUGCCAUUGCAGUACCCUCACUUUGGCCUGGGUUAUUCCGCGGGAGCCAAGUGACCAAUCAAUCUGUGGCACGGUCGAGUGACAGUUAACGUUAUGUAGAAGUACUACUACGUAGUAUGUUUCUGAAACUCGAGGUGUGGAAUUGCUUAACGUUACGACGACUUGUUGGUGGUUGACCCUGCUUUUUGUGUCAG